AUGUCGACCACAGCCACGGUGGUGGCUCCGCCAGAGCCUCAAUACGAGUAUUACUUCCGAGACGGCACCACCGACAAUAAACGAGAAAUCUUGACUGGCGAUAAAGCUGUGCCAACGUUUGAAGAAGUACCCGUCGUCGACAUCGAGAACAUAUUCAGUAAUGACUUCGACGAACGUCUCCAAGCGGCAAAAGAGGUGGCUGAAGUCUGCAAGACUGUCGGGUUCAUGUACAUCAAGAACCAUGGCGUUUCGCAAGACCUGAUCGACGAGGUCUUCGAUAUGUCACGCAAGUACCACGCACAGCCGCUCGAGGUGAAGAAAGAGCAGGACGUGUACCAGUCGCCGACACUUCGAGGAUAUGAGAUUCACUACACAAAGACCCCGACAGGCGAGGCAGUGAAGAAGGGAUCUUUUCUCUACAGUUAUGAUCCCGACAACGAUCCGCAAGUACCAAAGUUGACCCCAGAACAACGAGAGUUAUGCAUCGGAAUCCACAAUCAGUGGCCGGAGAAGUGGCCCGAAUUCAGAGCCACCAUGUUAAAAUACCAGGCUGAACUCCUAAAGCUAUCUCGCGCCCUGCUUCGGACAUUUGCUCUCGGGUUAGGCGCGGACGAGAACUACUUUGACCCUAUUGUCACCGCUCCCUUUGUGAGUAUCAUCCUGCAACACUACGCACCUCGGGACCCGCAAGCAGAAGAUCUGGAUGGUCUUGGUGCUCACAGUGACUUUGAAACAUUUACGAUUUUGAACCAAGAUAUGAUCGGAGGACUCGAGAUUUUAAACAAGAAUGGAAUCUACAUCCCUGCCAAACCGAUCCGUGGGACAUUUGUAGUCAACGUCGGGGAUUUCCUGCAACGAAUCUCCAACGACCAAUUUGUGUCGACCGUCCAUCGGGUCCGCAACAGUUCGGGUGUGAACCGCUACUCGAUCCCCUUCUUCUUCAGUUUCAACAUGGACGUUGCAGUUCCGGUCAUGCCGGCAUGUACGUCCGAGGAUAACCCGGCCAAGUAUGAGCCACGAAACUUGCAUGAAUACACUGCGGAGAGACGUCGACUCAAGAUGGAAACACACAAGAAUGGCAUUCACGACGCACUUGGCUGA